AUGGUCGGCGUCAUAGAAAUUGCCCAAGUGAACCUGCAUCAUGCGGCGGCAGCCUCGGCUGUCAUUGCAAGCAGGUUCACUGCGGAGAAACUGGGCGCACUGCUGAUCCAAGAGCCUUGGAUAUAUAAGGGAGAGAUAAAGGGCCUCAAGACGGAGGCAAAUAAGGUAAUCUGGGACCUCUCUAGCGAGAGGCCUAGGACGUGUAUAGUUGUCAGAAGCAAUAUUGAUUUCUUUUGCAUUUCAGAGUUUCUGACACAGGACUUGGUGGCGGUACAGGCCAGGGAUACUGAAGGCAAAGACUUCGUCCUGGCCUCAGCAUACUUUCCGGGAGAGACAGCAACGGCGCCCCCGGAGGCGGUGGAAAGGCUGGUAGAGCACUGCAAACGGCACAAGCUCCCCCUCAUCAUCGGCUGCGAUGCUAACGCUCACCACACAGAAUGGGGCAGCACUGACUGCAACGCGAGAGUUGUUGUCAUCGUCCAAGCCUCUCCACCAUACAGCCGGACGGGAAUUAUGAGUGACUUAUAG